AUGGCGGUGGGCAAUCCGCCCAGGUUUUGGGGCGUACCGUUGCGCGACCUGACUUUGGGCCUGUUGACGGUUCAAUUCUCUGCCUUCAUUCUGGUCCUCCAUUACUCUCGUGUGAUGUCUACGCCGGACGGGCAUCGAUAUCUUCCUUCGACGGCCAUCUUCCUUGUCGAAUUGAUCAAAGUGGUGGUUUGUUUGACGCUAUCGUUAUACGAGAUCUCCCUCACAGUCCCCCGAUCGAUGCCCGCAACUUCCAUUCUCAGCGCAUUGGGAAAUGCAACCUUCUCUGGCGACAGCUGGAAAAUGGCGGUGCCAGCCGGUCUGUACACUUUGUCGAACAGUCUGCAGUAUGUUGGUAUCUCCAACCUCGAUGCUGCUACCUUCCACGUCGUUUAUCAAUUCAAGACUUUCGUCACGGCGGUCUUCAGCGUUGUGCUCUUACGAAGGAAGAUCUCGGCACGCCAAUGGAUAUCCCUCAUCCUGCUCAUGGUAGGGGUCGCAAUCGUUUCGUUACCUCAAGGCUCUACCCUGUCUCUGGCAUCGAGCCACCACGCAAGGGUCUACACUCCUAGGUCAUCGAAUCCGUUGCACGAGCAUGCCAAUGUGGCGGACCCCGGUGCCCGACUCAGAAAGAGAUCCGCCACAUACGAAGGCAUCGCGGAAGACGAAAUGGCUCUGGACAUCGCUGCUGUGGAUGCAUCGGCAGGGCUUCUCGCGGUUCUGGGCGUGUGCAUCUUCUCGGGACUCGGAGGCGUCUACUUCGAGAAAGUCAUCAAGGAAUCCCCAAAGGUCACAUCUAUUUGGAUUCGAAACGUCCAGCUGUCGGUUUAUUCCCUCUUCCCGGCCUUUUUCAUUGGAGUCAUCUUCCUUGAUGGCGAAACAGUGGCCAAGUAUGGCUUCUUUGUCGGGUAUAAUUGGAUUGUCGUUUUGUCAAUCCUCGUCCAGACACUCGGCGCCAUUGUUGCAGCAUUCUGCAUAUUCUACGCCGACAACAUAUCCAAGAAUUUCGCGAUCAGCAUCAGCAUGGUUUUGAGCGGUCUAGCGAGUUUUGUGUUCUUUGAUUAUCCCGUGUCGAGACAUUUCCUCCUCGGCGCCUCUGUUGUCCUGGUCGCGACAUGGCUGUACAACAUCCAAGAAGCCCGUGCUCAGCGAGCCCCCUCGAUCAAGAUAUACACGGAAAAGAAGACAACGCUGCACGGCGCAGCAGAGGCAAAUGACAUGUCCAUUCAGAUCCCUAAGACGUCUCUGAACCACGGGGAGACUGCGCUUGCUACUUCCCGACCGGGCUCGCCGAACCACAAGAAACGCAAGAACGACUCCCUGGGCUAUUUCACGAAUCAUCAUGAUUAA